AUGGCUAAUGAAGCUAAUCCCUGCCCAUGUGACAUUGGUCACAAAUUAGAGUAUGGUGGCAUGGGCCAGGAAGUUCAGGUUGAGCACAUCAAGGCAUAUAUCACCCGGUCCCCUGUGGACGAAGGCAAAGCUGUGAUUAUCAUCCAGGAUAUAUUUGGUUGGCAGCUGCCCAACACCAGGUAUAUGGCUGACAUGAUUGCUGGAAACGGAUACACAACUAUCGUCCCAGACUUCUUUGUGGGGCGAGAGCCUUGGGACCCAGCAGCAGACUGGUCCACCUUCCCUGAGUGGAUAAAAUCAAGAAAUCCCAGAGAAGUCAAUCGAGAGGUCGAGGCUGUCCUGAGGUAUCUGAAACAACAGUGCCACGCCCAGAAGAUUGGCAUUGUUGGCUUCUGCUGGGGGGGCGCUGCUGUACACCAUGUGAUGCUGACAUACCCAGAAGUCAGGGCGGGGGUGUCUGUUUAUGGCAUCAUCAGAGACACCGAAGGAAUUUACAAUCUGAAGAACCCAACGCUGUUCAUUUUUGCAGAAAAUGAUACGGUGAUCCCUCUUGAGCAGGUCUCUGUGCUGACCCAGAAACUGAAAAAACACUGCAUAGUCAAUUACCAAGUUAAAACAUUUUCUGGGCAAACUCAUGGCUUUGUGCAUCGUAAGAGAGAAGACUGUUCCCCUGCCGACAAGCCCUACAUUGAGGAGGCGAGGAGGAACCUCAUUGAAUGGCUGAACAAGUUCAUUUAGCAGCACUCAGGCACAGGGCAGCUGUCGGCCUG